CCACUUCUCGUGGUUCAUCCUGCUUUCUCGCCUGAUGGCCUAACCCCUAGUUUCCAGCGCAUCCCUGGACUCAAUUCGCAUCUCUUGUCAACUUAAUACAUUUCCUCGAUAAGGGUAUUUUUGACCUAGGGGCUAUUCAUUCUCCACUAAAAGCACACCAUGUCUGAACCAAGGACUCCUCGCACUCCUCGUACUCCUCGAACUCCCCAUACCCCUCGACGAGGAAAUGACGACCUCUCUUCAGAGCUCCCUUCGUCUCCAGGUCUUAAUUAUCCAUCAUCGCCAGGGCUCGGUGCAUCAUCGCCCUUACCAUUUGCAGUUACACCUGGCUUUCAGGUUCAAUAUCAACCUGGUCAGUAUGCUCGGACCCCUGUAGGACGAUUUUCCCAAAUGCAUGGCUCCGAAGAUGUUUCAUCACCAAUUGGCAUGGGUUUACCAUCUUCGCCUCAAAUGCGUAGCCAGAGUCAUCUUGGAUCUUCCCAUUUUCGGUCUGACAUAUCAUACGGCACUCCUCAAGAUUCCCGAAGUACUAUCCCGGGCACACCACGAAGGCGUCGCAAUGACGUUGUGAGCAGCCCUCAAAUUACACGGCAUAUCGCCGCUAGAUCAGAACUUGGUAGCGAACUUGGAUCGUCAACGGCUUUCCCUACAUCGCAGGACUAUGAUCCGUCACAGGUCGUUAAGGUUGUUUGGGGUACAGCCGUAGAGAUUAAUGAUGUCAUUGCACUGUUUAAGGAUUUCUUGGAGCACUUUAAACAGAAACACAGGAUUAUCAAAGAGAAUCCACACGUGGAGAUCAUCACGGAGAGCCAGAAUAGACCAUUUUAUCCACAACUCAUAGAUCAGAUGGCUCGUACAAACACUCGCCAACUCAACCUUGACUGUCAAAAUCUCUUGGCAUAUAGACCAGCAACUAAGCUUCACAGCCUCCUUAUUGACUAUCCUGCUGAGGUCUUGCCUCUGCUGGAUUUCACAUUGAAUGAAUUUUUUGAUGAGACCCAUCCUGAAAUCGACCUUCGAGGUGACAGUUUAAUGAUUCGGCCUUUCAACCUCGGAAAGACUAUCAAUACGCGCGAUCUAGGGCCUGAAGAUAUUGAUCGCCUUGUUACUGUCAAGGGCCUUAUGCUUCGCACCUCAAGCAUCAUUCCCAACGUUAAAAAAGCUUUCUUUCAGUGCUUAGUUUGCGAACAGACUGCUACAUCAGAGGCAGACCGAGGACGCAUUACUGAGCCUACGAAGUGCCCACGUCAGGAAUGUGGCGCAUUGAACUCGAUGUCUUUGAUGCACAACCGCGGAGAGUAUGCUGAUAAACAAAUUUGCCGUAUGCAGGAAAUGCCUGAAACCAUCCCUGAUGGACAGACGCCACAGAGUAUUUCGUUGGUCGUCCAUGAUGAUUUGGUAGACGUCUGCAAGCCUGGUGAUCGACUUGAGAUUACAGCAGUGUUCCGUGGUGUUCCUGUAAGGGUCAAUCCCAGACAGCGUACUAUCAAAGCACUCUACAGGACAUAUUUGGACGUCGUGCAUAUUAAAAAAACGGACAAAAAGAGAUUGACCAUUGACGAUGAUAUUGCAAAUCAUGAUGGAAAGAGAUCUACAUAUCAGGGCGGUGAUGAAAUUGAAGUACAGAGCGAGGAUAUGAUUGCCAAGAUUCUUGAGAUUUCAAAGAUGCCUAACCUUUAUGAAACCAUGGCGCGCUCAGUUGCCCCCAGCAUUUUUGAGCAUGAUGACAUCAAGAAAGGUGUAUUAUUGCAAAUGUUUGGUGGUACGAAUAAGACAUUCCGGAAAGCAGGGUCACCACGUUUCAGAGGCGACAUUAAUGUACUCUUAGUUGGCGACCCAGGAACAUCAAAGUCACAGAUUCUCACAUAUAUUCACAAAAUCGCUCCUCGUGGGGUAUACACAUCUGGAAAGGGCUCUUCUGCUGUGGGUCUCACAGCUUAUGUUACCAGGGACCCUGAUACUCGCCAAUUGGUACUUGAAAGCGGUGCAUUGGUUCUCAGUGAUGGGGGCAUCUGCUGUAUUGAUGAGUUUGACAAAAUGUCUGAUGCGACACGGUCUGUACUUCACGAAGUCAUGGAGCAGCAAACAGUGUCCGUGGCGAAGGCAGGCAUUAUUACGACAUUAAACGCCCGAACAUCUCUUUUGGCCGCUGCCAAUCCCAUUCAUUCACAGUACAAUCACCGUCUUCCAAUGGUUGACAAUAUUGAUCUGCCACCUACACUCAUUUCGAGAUUUGACUUGCUUUACCUCGUUUUGGAUAUCGUCAACGAACAGAACGACCGACGCUUGGCACGCCACAUCUUAUCUCUAUAUCUCGAAGAUGCCCCUGAAACAGGUGGCUCACACAUCAUCCCUAUUGACACCUUAACGUCAUAUAUUAGUUACGCUCGCAAUCAUUGUCACCCUGUGCUAGAUGAGGAUGCCAGCUCAACAUUGAUUCAGUGCUACCUGGACCUUAGGAAGCUCGGUGGUGGUAAACAAAUCACAGCAACGACACGGCAAUUAGAGUCAAUGAUUCGCCUUGCAGAAGCUAGGGCCAAACUUCGCCUCUCUAAUACGGUAGAGAAGGCAGAUGUGGAAGAGGCAUCCCGAUUGAUCCGAGAAGGCUUGAAGGAGUCUGCUAUGGACCCUCGUACCGGUUUAUUGGACAUGGAUUUACUGACGACAGGACAGGGCUCUUAUGAUCGCGGUCACCUUGAAGAUAUGCGAAAGGAACUACUGAACUUGCUAGAUGCUACAGAUAAAACUAACCUCCGAUGGGCUGAUGUAUUUACGGAUUUCAAUGCACAAAGCACGGUGGGCGUUUCUGAGGAGCAAUUCUCGCGAGUGCUUGCAGAGUUGGAACAGCAGCAGUACAUCAAGGUCAGCGGUAAGAGAGGCCUGCGCGUAAUCAAGAAGCUCGCUGUAGGCCAGGAUCGCGACUAAAUCGCUAUCUACCUUUUUUGCAAUAAUCUAAUAAAGUACAUGUAACUCA